AUGCACUUUUAUGAGAAUACUGCACGAUCGGUGUUAGCAUGGAACUCUACAGAUGUGGAGAUUGACGGGCAGCUGCAGCACGGCUAUGUUGUCGGCCUGGAAGAAGACCAUGGGGCACCCCCGCGUCUGUACAUCGAUUUCGGGUGUCCGUCACAGCAGGCGGUGCUGGUUCCCUACGAGAAAACCUGGGACUGCUUCCGACAUGUAUUCAACUGUCCGCGCAUGGGAGGCGCUGUGGAAGUCCUGCUGCACGAGGGCCCGCAGCGCCCCUGGAAAUGGUACCCCGGGAAAUUGCUCAUUUCAUCCUUCAAGCAGCUGCAGCAUGUGGCGUGGGUGGAGGUGCUGAUGGAUGGGAAGUGUUUUCGGGAGCUGGUUCCCCAGCGACAAAUUCGCCAAACACCAGGAGAAGCAGUCAAGCCGGGCCGCCUUCCCGCGGACCAUUUCGUCAUGCAGACCUGCAAAGUGCCUAACGGAUACUGGGCUCUGCCGCCAUCGCUAUCGGCGUUUUUGCUCCGGCAGGUUGAGCAGGAGCUAGGGGUACGCUGCUUCAAGGUGCUCAGCCAGAAAAUGCUAGUUCUGCGAUUCAGCCAUAAAAUUCUGGAGGAUGAACAUCUAGAAACUGUGUUCGAAAGAGCAAAAACGAAGCAUGAACUUUGCCAUGCAUUACCCGCGGAAAACGGCGAGUCCAACGUUGAUCUCAAACGAAAAAAACAGCUGACUGUCAGCAGGCACGGCAUGGCAUUACCUUUCGAAGUGCUGAAAGAGAUCUUCCUGUCACUGGACACCGUCGACCGGCUGCGCUGUCGCCGCACUUGUCAAUUGUGGGAAACUUUUCUCACGUCGGCGGAGGUUGGCAGAGAUCUCCGUUUAGCGCGGCAGCGGUUUCACUCUUCCAGCGCUUGUGAGCCAAUGCUGUGGACUUAUAAUUAUGCCAUGUACGCCUGCAUCCUGAAGCACAUCACACCCGCCACCCGCGUCAUCUGCAUUCGCGAUACCGAACCGUUUUACUUCCGCAACUGGAACCGACCCAAUGAUGCCGAUGAAGCGGUGGAGAUGAUUAGCAAGGUCUUGGAAGAUGCCGGCCGCCGCAUCGACUGCUUCGUCCUGGAUCGACGGUCGAUAAACAUCGACUAUUCCGCGUUUAAUCAGUGGAAACUGGGCCUAUUGACCGCCGAGAUUGAAGGGCUUCAGAGUCGCUUGGGUUCAUGCAGUGAUCGUUUGAUUUUGAAAGAUUACGCACUUACUCUGCUAGACAAGAAAGGCUUGCCGGUAAUGGUGUCCCGCAUCCCCAUUGCGGUCUUCCAGCCGGGACAGGCUGGUGCGGUGCCCAUUUUGGACCUGUUGGAGAAGCAUUUGUGCUGCAAGGGACCGCCGUUGGAUGUGCAGCGCAUUGCCGACUACAUGGCCAGUGGGAUCGACAGCGAAGAGAAAGCCAAGAUUCUGCGCAAGUACCAAACUACCGAUCCGCGCUCCUCGUUGCAUUAUCGUGGAAACAAGUGGACGCUGCACAAUGUGGCCGACGUGGACGUGAGCAAGUUGAACCGGUUCUGCCUGCAUGCCUUAGCGAAAUGCGCACAGGAGAACAACGGGCAAGCCAUGCAAUUCAGUUUCCGCAGGGAACCCAGCAGUUCCAGUAGCGAAUCCAGCAACUCGGAGUCCGAAGACGGCCAGGAUUAA